GGCGUUCGAGGCGAAGCCGGCAGUCGGGACAGCGAUAAGCUGGAAAGUGUGGCAAUGGGCACGGAUGCAGAGUGGACCGAGAGGGAGUUCCAGGAGGUAGUCAAGACUAUCGGAGGUAGAGAGAACAUCUUCCUGAUCGGGGAGGUGUGCGAUAACAGGGACCUAAUGUUUCAGUUUGUAAAUAACAUGUUUUCACUACCGGGGAAAGUUUGCAGCAGAAUUUCGGACACGAAAAGCAACCAUCAAAUGAUCGAACCGCAAUGUAAGGAGCAGAAGUCCGAGGCUGACAAAGAAUGGGAGUUUGAAUCCUUAAUUGAUUCUUCCGCUAAAGUGACACACGUGGUUAAUGGGAGUAAGGAGCAGAGACGUAUCAAAGCCCGGUUAAUUAUCUUCCUUUUCCAUCAAGAUUUUAUCAGUGACAAGCAAAACGACCUCGUGAUCCAAGAACUCCUGAAAGAUGUUCGGCAAAGGUCCAGUUCCUGGGAAGAUCUACCCGCGCUCAUCGGGGUGGUGCACGCUGAUGCUGGCAGUGGGGACCUAAACAUUGCAGUCCGCCUCGUAGAGUAUUACUUGCGAACAGUUUUCCACAGGCACCCUGCCGAGUGCGUGCAGGCUCUUCCCUUCAUCUCCAGCGAGCCAGCUUCUAUGAUAGAACUGAAAAAGACCAUCUGUGUUACCCUCCGAGCUUUACCGCGCUUCACAGAAGGUGUAAAGAAAAGAAGGCAUACAUGUUUUCCUGGAUUGUUUUGCUUCUUGGGCAAUACCAGAAGACGUAGAGAAGACUGGGAUGUUAAUAACAUUCGGAAUAGUAUUGAACAAGAAGGUAUAUCGAAGCAUGUUGAGAACGACGUUGCUUCACAGCAAUUGACAGUGGGCGCAAGCAUGGUUGAUGUUUGUAAAAGUGAUCUGCAAAUUGACACCAAUGGAAAUACCGAACUGAACAUUGAAACCGAAGUUUAAAUAAUUUGACCCUUUUUUCUAAAUCUGCAUAUUCAUUCCAAAGUACUAGAACCAGCUAAGAAAAGAAAAUUAUUUAGCUAACUUUCCACAACAGACAUUUCCCAUUUCUGAUUCUAUUAGUUGGGAAGAGUUGUUAUUUCAAAACAAUGUGAAAUAUAUUAUGAAUAUAUAGAUGACAUGGUUAACUAGCAACAAGGUAAUGGUAUACACAUUCAUUUUCUAGAUUUGUUUUUCACUAAAAUCCAGUUACCACUUUUAAUAAUAGUUGGAGUCCAAAGUUAACUAGCCCACUACUAUUGAAUUAACUCUUGUUGACAAUGACAAAAAGAUGUAUUACUGCCUGGCUGACUUUAGCCAGAUUUACAAAAAAAAAUUGAAACUGCAAGAGGUCUCCUGGGAAUCAUUUGAAACCUCCUUCUCUUCUGUCAUUAUAAUUUUUUUAACAAUAAUAUACUUGAAUGAAAAUUAUUAAAUAAAGACCAUGGGGAUAUUUAAUAUACUAUAGGGGUAAACCCAUAAUUUUCUAAUACUACUUUAAUAUUUUAAAAAGAGGUUUGCCAUGCAUCAGCAAACUUUUACCAACUAGUCUGCUGUUGAUGUAACUUUUUAAAAUAAAGUUAGCUUAUUCCUGUUUCUUGUUUAUUCACAAAUAGAGUAUUGUCUGUUUAGAAUAAUUUUAAAAUAAGGGUUUUGAAAUACUACAUAACUACCUGUUGUAAA